AUGUCUGACGAUCUUCCUUUUCGGGCAGAAUAUGCCAAGAGUAAUCGCUCUUCAUGUAAAGGAUGCAAAUCGGUGAUUAGCAAGGACACGCUUCGUGUGGGGAGGAUGAUUCAGAGUCCUCAUUUCGAUGGCAAAAUUCCGUUGUGGUACCACUUCACGUGUUUUGCACGAACGGGCAAAGUUAAGACGACGGGCGACAUGGCCGGUUUUGAAAACCUUCGUUGGGGUGACCAGGAGAAGAUACGAAAAUUAGUUGAAGAAAACGCUGCAGCAGAGAAAGAAGACGACCCAGGAGAAGGACUGACUGUUCAGUACUGUCCUAAGGGUGGCAAAUGUGGCGGUUGUUCUGACAAAAUUCACAAAAAUGACUUGCGUAUCGUGCAGUCAGAAAGCGGUAAAUCAACAUUCUAUCAUUUGGGCUGCUUUGCGAAUCAUCGCGGCAGCGAAGGAUUGAACAUGGACCUGAAAAAGCUGAAGGGAUACAAUGAACUGACGGAAGAAGAUAAAGCGUUGGUAUCAGAGAAGUUGGCACAAACGUAUGGAUUGAUUUUGUUUGUAGCAGAAUUGUUUUUCUCGGCACUGUCUUUCCUGUAUAGUUCAUUUCGUAUGACGCUCCAAUUUUUGAGUUGCAGUGUAGUUUAUUUUAACAAUUAAUU